CUGUCUUUUUGGUCUCCACGUGGCCAGGCCGGUGAUGGCGGCGCUUGUUGCUACGGAGGUGGCGGAGCCGGGUGGCCCAAAAGGCCCAGCUAAAGGUCGGCCCCCUCGGGGACGAUUGGCCAAUCAGAUCCCACCGGAGAUCCUGAACAACUCCCAGCUUCAGGCAGCCAUCCAAGUCCUGCCUUCCAACUAUAACUUUGAGAUCCCCAAGACCAUUUGGAGAAUCCAACAGGCCCAGGCCAAGAAAGUGGCAUUGCAAAUGCCUGAAGGCCUCCUCCUGUUUUCCUGCACCAUUGUAGAUAUCUUGGAAAGGUUCACAGAAGCGGAAGUGAUGGUGAUGGGUGACGUGACCUAUGGGGCUUGCUGUGUGGACGACUUUACUGCAAGGGCCCUGGGAGCUGACUUCCUGGUGCACUAUGGCCACAGCUGCCUGGUUCCCAUGGACACUUCAGCCCAAGACUUCCGAGUGCUGUACGUCUUUGUAGACAUUCGGAUAGACACUACACACCUACUGGACUCUAUCCGCCUCACUUUCCCCCCAGCCAGUGCCCUUGCUCUGGUCAGCACCAUUCAGUUUGUGUCAACCUUGCAGGCAGCUGCCCAGGAGCUGAAAGCUGAGUAUCGUGUGAGUGUUCCACAGUGCAAGCCCCUGUCCCCUGGGGAGAUUCUGGGCUGCACGUCCCCCCGCCUACCAAAAGAGGUGGAAGCUGUUGUAUAUCUUGGAGACGGCCGAUUUCAUCUGGAGUCUGUCAUGAUUGCCAACCCUAGUGUCCCUGCUUACCGAUAUGACCCCUACAGCAAAGUCCUGUCCCGAGAACACUAUGACCACGAGCGCAUGCAAGCAAACCGCCAAGAAGCCAUAGCCACUGCCCGCUCAGCGAAAUCCUGGGGUCUUAUCCUGGGCACUUUGGGGCGUCAGGGUAGCCCCAAGAUUCUGGAGCACUUGGAAUCUCGGCUGCAAGCCUUGGGACUUCCCUUCCUGAGGAUACUGCUCUCUGAGAUCUUCCCCAGCAAGCUUAGUCUGCUUCCUGAGGUGGAUGUGUGGGUGCAGGUAGCCUGUCCACGCCUUUCCAUUGACUGGGGCACAGCCUUCCCCAAGCCACUGCUGACACCCUAUGAGGCGGCUGUGGCCUUGAGGGAUAUUUCCUGGCAGCAGCCUUACCCGAUGGACUUUUAUGCAGGCAGCUCCCUGGGGCCGUGGACAGUGAACCACGGGCGCGAGCGGCUCCCGCGGGCACCAGGCCGGCCCCAGCUGGAGAAGGUGCAAGUGGGCUCUGGGAGCCCUUCCCCAGCCACAGUGUGCGAGAGUUGCAGCUGCAGAGACGACACGGUGAAGCCCCCAUUAGCUGAGAUACUCCGGGCUCCCAGGACCCCGCCCUCCGGAGGAGCAACCUAAAGGCUGGUGGUUUUCGGAGCAGGAGGCAGACGUCUUCUCGGCCCUGGAAGACCCCGCAGUGUGCAGAGGUCUGCAGGAAGCCCUGGGAGCAGUGGCGCAGGCGCUGAACA